UAUGGACCUGUAUAGCCCCAACAUGGGUGAGACUGGGGCCUCCAUUUGCCAGGUGAAGCAGCUGCCCUGCCACAGCGUUCCUCUCCUUCGCCUGCAGGCCUGUGGGCACCACACACACAACCACUCAAACCUCUCUCACAAGCCAUGCUUGAGUGAUCCAUCCCAGGUUGCUUCCUGUGGGACUGCCACAGCCCUCCGGCACAGGGUCAGUGGGGCCACAGCAGGCACCUGCAACAGCCCCAACUAUACUGCUUCUAAACUGGGACAGGAGGUGGGAGCAUCAGCCUGGGAUGGCUACAAAGGGAAGAUGUUGGUGACAGGAGGAGGAGGAUAUUUUGGCUUCAGGCUUGCGAAAGACCUGGCCAGCGAAGGGAUGACAGUGAUCCUUCUGGAUGUAAACAAGCCUCCCUGGGAUAUUCCUGAUGGAGCAAUCUUCUUUCAGAAUGACAUACGGGACUAUUCCUCCCUGCAUAAAGUGUGUGAAGGAGUGGACUGCAUAUUCCACACAGCAUCUUAUGGCAUGUCUGGACCAGAGCAGCUGAGGAAGGAGCAGGUGGAGUCAGUCAAUGUUGGAGGAACCAGUAAUGUCAUAAAUGUAUGUAAAGAGAGAGGCAUCCCCAGACUGGUGUACACCAGCACCACCAACGUGGUGUUUGCCGGGAAACCAAUUGUGGAUGGAGAUGAGGCCUCUGUGCCAUAUGUGCCCAGUGAUUUGCACAUCGACCACUACUCCAGAACUAAAGCAGUGGCGGAGCGGAUGGUCCUCUCGGCCAAUGGAUCCUCCGUGAAAGGUGGAGGGACACUGCAGACCUGCGUCCUGCGCCCCUGUGGCAUCUAUGGACCAGAGGAGAGGAGACAUCUUCACAGAGUGAUGAUGAACGUGGAGCGGCGCCUGUUCAGCUUCAGGUUUGGAGACCCAGCAGCCAGGAUGAACUGGGUCCACGUAGAUAACCUGGUACUGGCCCACAAGCUGGCAGCUGAGGCUCUUACAAAGACGAAAAGCUGCGUUGCUAGCGGGCAGGCAUAUUUCAUCAAUGAUGGCAUUUCCGUCAAUCUGUUUGAGUGGCUGACACCUUUGUUUGAAAAACUGGGCUACAGCAGACCAUCGAUAAAUCUCCCGGUUUCACUCGUCUAUUCAGCAGCUAUGCUGGUGGAGUAUUUACACAUGAUUCUGAGUCCGGUGAUCAAAGUGCCUCUGCUUUUUACCAGUAGUGAGAUCAGAAACAUCACAGUGAGCCACACCUUUAAAAUCGAUAAGGCCCGUGGAGAACUGGGUUACAGCCCGAAGCUGUACAGCCUGGCAGACUCCGUGGAGCACUACCUCAAGAGCCGACAGUCUCGGGCCUCCCCACUGCCUCUCAACUGGUCCUCUAUCAGGCAGCUGACCCAAUGGGACGUCCUGCUGCCGCUGAUGGGUCUCAGCCUGGUGCUACUCAUAUUCUAUGGCAUCCUUAGUUGGAGCUAAAUACUUGUUACGAUGUGGGAGGGAGAGGCUUUCAAAACUGAUUGUUGCAACUAAUUUUUCUUUCUUGGUUCAAUUCAACACAUCUAGUGUCCCAUUUCUAUUUCUCCUCUUUGAAAGGGGGCUACUUUCCCCAACAUAGGCUUGCACAAAAUUCCUCUUCUACCUUUCAAAGUCAUGUAAGCCUGAUUUAAAAAUCAUUUUAAAAGCUUGAAAGUAUUAAAGCAGAUUUAUGUUUAGGAUAAGAAUUUAACAGUUUAAUGUAACUAUUUGGGCUAUUUAAAUGAUAAAAAAACAACAAUAUAUUACUUUGUAUGAAUAUUAUCCAAAUUGUAAUUUAUUGUAUUUAAAGAAUGCUUCCAGUUUGUACGAUAAUGUUCUAUAGUGAAUGCUAAUUACUAAUGAGGUAGUUAUUUUGUACAUUUUUAGAAAUAAAAUCAUUACAAAGAAUAAAAUAUGUAUUAAAUAUCAAAGACAAUUUUUUUCUGUUAUUAAUAAAAAUAAGGAAAAAUAUUUUUUUCUAUAAUAAGGGAAAUCUUUAAUCCUUGGAUGUGCCUUCAUUUUAUGCUACACCUGUAUGUAUACCUUAUACGUUCACUAAACAAAUUGUCUUUUAAAUAUUGUCAUAGAAAUAUAAUUUUUCUAGUUCUUUCUGAAUGUUCUAACUAAAGUCCUCAUUUUCUGUAAUUGUCAUGAGUGUUGA